GGUUGCUUCCGUUGAUCGUGAUUCACCGGCUCAGGUUCAACAAUGGCGAGGAUCACCCACAAGCACGCCGCCUCGCCGGCGCGCUGGACCGUGCUGUCGAUAUGCAUGGGCCUCCUCGGAGCCGCCCUGUUCGUGGAUUUCAUGUGGGCGUCCUCCUCCUCCUCUUCUUCUCCUCCUUCUUCCUCCGCCUCCUCCCUGUCGCUCGCUUCCAACUGGGCUCUCGAGAAAUCCGGAAUCGUCGUCUUCCCCGACCUCGCAUCUCGCAAGGAACCCGGUGAUCAGUCGCAGGAGGUACGUGGUAAAGAAGAUCGUGGUCUGGGAUCAGAUGCUAAAGAGAAGCGCGAUCAGGGACCGGAUGCUAAAGAGAAGCGUGAUCGGGGACCGGAUAGAUUUUUAUCGGCUACUUUUGCCGAUUUACCCGCUCCAGACAUGAAAUGGGAAGAGAUGCCACCGGCACCGGUGCCUCGUCUGGACGGCGCUGCGAUCCAGAUCAAUAAUCUGUUGUACGUUUUCUCAGGAUACCGCACUCUUGACUAUGUGCAUUCUCAUGUGGAUGUGUUCAACUUUACUAGCAAUACAUGGGGAGGGAGGUUCGACACGCCGAAAGAUAUGGCGAAUUCACAUUUAGGAAUGGUAACUGAUGGAAGAUACGUCUAUAUUGUCACAGGCCAAUACGGUCCACAAUGCAGAGGGCCGGUGGCUCAUACUUUUAUCCUGGACACAAAGACGAAGAAAUGGGAUAGAAUGCCCCCAUUGCCGGCCCCAAGGUAUGCUCCCGCUACGCAAUUAUGGAGAGGUAGACUUCACGUGAUGGGUGGAGGCAAAGAGAAUCGCCAUACGCCUGCGUUGGAGCACUGGAGUAUAGCAGUAAAGGAUGGCAAAGUCUUGGAGAAGGAGUGGCGAACUGAAGUGCCCAUUCCUCGCGGAGGACCACACAGGGCUUGUGUCGUGGUGGAUGAUAAACUAUAUGUUAUUGGUGGUCAAGAGGGUGAUUUUAUGGCCAAGCCUGGGUCACCCAUUUUCAAAUGCUCACGCAGGCAUGAGGUAGUCUACGGCGAUGUCUAUAUGCUCGAUGCUGGAAUGAAGUGGAAAGUACUGCCUCCUAUGCCAAAACCCAACUCCCACAUAGAAUUUUCUUGGGUGGUUGUGAACAAUUCCAUUAUCAUCACGGGAGGUACCACUGAGAAGCAUCCAAUAAACAAGAGGAUGAUACUAGUAGGGGAGGUGUUCCGGUUUGAUUUGGACACAUUGAAAUGGACAGUGAUCGGGAAGCUUCCUUACCGCGUCAAAACCACAAUCGCAGGCUUUUGGGACGGCUGGUUGUACUUUACAUCAGGGCAGCGGGAUCGAGGGCCAGAUAAUCCGCAACCUAAGAUGGUCAUUGGAGACAUGUGGAGGACCAAAUUGCGACUCUGAUGCGAGUUGCAGGAAGUCGACCCUUUGAAGCAUUGUCUUAGCUUAGAUUUUUUUUCUUCUUUUUCACACACAUUUUCUCUGGGCCAGGUAAAUAGUCCGAGUAUUCUUCCCUCGAUCUUUCUGCUUGAGCGAGGUAUAUAAUUAUUUAACUGCAGUUUUUACAUCUUUGUGCAAAAGUGGCAGAUCGACUUGAAUUGAAUAGAGGAGAGCAUUUACAAAGCGAA